AUGCUGCUCGCAAACGCCACUGCCCCAUACCUCUGGCUCGUCUUCGCCCGCCUCACAAACCCCACCAUAACCGACUUCCAAUUCAACACCUGGUACAACACCCAACUCCUCCCCAGCUUCAUGGCCAACCACAACGCCUCGCUCGCCGUCCGCUACAAAUACAUCCCCUUCGCCAACUCGACCCGCACGCCCACAUGGCCCUACGUCGCGGUCUAUAAGACGCACGAGGAGCUGAAUGCAACGGCGGCGUCUGCCACUGCGCACAUCUUUGAUCUCCAUCAUUCCGGCACUACUAACGGGAAGAGGGAUAUCGGACCGGAUGAUGUGGCGAUCGAACUCAGUGCUUGGACGCCGGUCCAGACGUUUGAGAGUUUGAGGGAGGGGAGGGGCGAUGUACCGGAGGGGAGGCCGAGGGUUGCGUGUAUCGUGAGGUUGGAGCCGGCUGCUGGCGCGGACGGCGAGAGGAAUGUGGAGGAGUGGUAUCGCUAUCAGCACCUGGACAUGCUCAGCAUGCUGUCCAACUACCGGCGCUCCACGCGUUACCGAUCAGUAGAUGGGUCUGCACCGCGCUGGCUGGCGAUCCACGAAAUGGACUCCACGCACAUGGAUCCGUAUGUGGGCGAGGUGCUCAUGGGCACUGAGCUGGCGCACCGCGUUAUGGACACGGUGCAGAUUUUCGAUGCGGCCAAUUGGAUUUGA